CCCUGCAUUCCAAGACUUUCCUUCCUGUUGGGAGCUGCCUUGGGCCCAUCCCUCUCCUGGGGGGACCCCAAUUGAUGGCUCUGGCCCCCACCCGUAGGGACCAAGGGAGCCUGAGCAGCCUUGUUUACAGCUUCUUUCCUGCUUCUGCACCCUGCCAGGCUCCUCUGCCAACUGUAGGCCUCCCUUCUCCCUGCACUGUUUCCAACCUUCCUGCACUUCUGCCUGCAUCCCCUCUAGCCUCUUGGUCCCCCAUCCCUGCACUUCUGGAAACCUCCUUGCACUUCUGGAAACCUCCCUGAACAUUUCCCAAACUCUCUGCGCUCCCAGCUUCCCUGCACCUCUCCCGGCCUCUCCCUGCAUUCUUCCAGCCUCCUGAAUUCUCUGGAACUCAACCCUGGCCUCCUCCUCCCAACUUUCAUUGUCUUGGCAUCUUUCCCAUUCCUUCCUUCAUUCCCUUUAUCAUCUCCCUCUUCCUUCUCCACAGGCCCCGCCCCCUUCAUCUCCCCUUAGCAUCCUCUUCUCCAGCCUCCUGCCAUCGUUUAUUCUGCAAAAACUCCAGCACUUAGAUCAGGCUGGGUGAGGGGGAGUAGUCUUGGAGGGGGCUUUCUAGCCCUGGGCUCCGACUGUUCUCUGUUGGGACCACCCAGGCCCUGACGCCCCCAGGGUGUCUUGCGGGUUUCAAAGCUGGCAAGCCAGGCCUUGUCUGGGGAUUUGUGCCAGGGUGGCCAGUACUGGUUCCUAACGUGCACAGGGGAGAAGUGAGGGGCGCUGCGGUUGACCCUUGCCUGGUCAGCCUUAGUUGACCCUCCCCCACCUGGGCUUUUUAACCCCGGCCACUGACUGAGUUUCUUUCUCCAAGGUGUUGAGGUUAGGGCAAUUCAUGUGCUUUGUAAGGAAAGAAUCCAAAAAAAUAGGACCAAAGCUCCCAGCUGCAGGGAGCGAAGGAGGGGCGGGGAGCUCUAUAAUUAUUUUCUAAGAUGACGAGGGAGGUUUGUUGCACGCGACAGCCCGCAGAGUAGGCGGGGACCCAGCUACAAGGAGAUUCCGAGUUGGCGGGUUGUUUUUUUUUCCUAAAAAAAGGUUGGGGGAAAAAACUAAAAUUCUUUUUUAAAAGGAUAUAUCAAACUGAUUUCUCCCUUUUUGUAUGCCGGAUGCUGCAUGAGUCUGAAACACCAAUAAACGGAGACUGCAUGAGACUCGCCUCCGGUCUCAGUCCCUGCGUUCGUCCCGCCAGGCCGGCGGUACUGCCUCUCUUCCGGCAGAACCUUCUGGGUGGUAUAUACGCAUGCGCAGUCCCGGUGGCCAUCUUUGCUGUGGGCCGAAUCCUGUUAUGCCCAAGCGCCUAUCUGCGCAUGUGCAAGCCUUCCCUCGCUUUCCUCUUCCAAGUAGCUUUGAGUAGAGCGGAGCCUCACGCGCCAUUUCUGUGCGCCUGCGUAUUGUGACCUACGCAGCCCGAGAGGCGGGUCUUAGCUCCUGGUGCGUACGGCCGCUGGCUUGAAGCGGCCCGGAAGUACGAGGUCUGGGGAGAGGUAGCUGCGUUCAGAUGUGGAGACGGGUGAUGUGAAGGGUCCCUUCCCUAGUGGUCUAUGUCCCUUGCUCGGGGUCAUGGAGACACUGCGGCCACCACGGCAGCGCCUCUGUCUGAAGAAGGGGAAGUGACCUCCGGUCUCCAGGCUCUGGCGGUGGAGGAUACCGGAGGCCCCUCUGCCUCGGCCAAUAAGGCCGAGGAAGAGGGGGAAGGAGGCCAGGAGGAGACCGAGCGAGAGGGGUCCGGGGCCGAGGAUGUGCAGGGAGAAGUCCCCAGCGCUGGGGGGGAAGAGCAUGCCGUGGGAGAAUCCGAGGACUGGUGCGUGCCCUGCAGCGAUGAGGAGGUGGAGCUGCCCGCCAAUGGGCAGUCCUGGAUGCCUCCGCCCUCAGAAAUCCAGCGGCUCUAUGAACUGCUGGCUGCUCAUGGAACGCUGGAGCUUCAGGCUGAGAUCCUGCCCCGCCGGCCGCCCACGCCCGAGGCCCAAAGUGAAGAGGAGAGAUCCGAUGAGGAGCCGGAAGCCAAAGAAGAGGAAGAGGAAAAACCACACAUGCCCACAGAAUUUGACUUUGAUGACGAGCCAAUGACACCAAAGGACUCCCUGAUUGACCGGAGACGUACCCCAGGAAGCUCAGCCCGGAGCCAGAAACGAGAGGCCCGUCUGGACAAGGUCCUUUCAGACAUGAAGCGACAUAAGAAGCUGGAGGAACAGAUCCUUCGUACUGGGAGGGACCUCUUCAGCCUAGACUCAGAGGACCCCAACUCCACCAGCCCCCAACUCCGGUCCUCUGGGAGUAGUCUCUUUCCCCGGCAGCGGAAAUACUGACUGCUACUGCUGCCUCUAGGUGUACUGUUUGUACCUGGGCCCUCCUUUCCUAACACAGAAUGCUGGGAAACUUGGGAAGAAGAGAGAAACCCCAAGUUCCUGGCACAGCACCACGUGGGAAAGAGGGAGUGUGUGUGUGUGUGUUUUCUGUUGAACUUCUAAUCAGAGACCUGGACUGAGUUUUCUGAGUCUAAAAUAAAAGAUGCAGAGUUAUUUUCUCUUAA